AUGGGCUUCCUGAAACUGGGCAUCGGAAAAGUCGGAGACCCACCUUCCAUCUUCCCUGACCUGUGCGAACGGCACGAAAAGGGCGUGUUGCACAAGCACCAGCGUGCCCUGCACAAGUACAGCGUGACGAAGAGGCAGAUGCUGAGUGCCGCCGUGCAGAGCCGCGAGCCCGACUCGGCGCAGCCGCUGGAGUCCCGCAUCGUCGAGCAGGAGAACGCCAUCCAGACCUUGGAGCUUCGGAGCUUCUUCUCCUUGUACUGCCUGCACCAGGAGAUGCAGCUGGUCCACAUCUACCUGCCCCUCACCUCCCACAUUCUCGGGGCCUUUGUCAACUCGCAGAUCCAAGGCCACAAGGAGAUGAGCAAGGUGUGGAACGACCUGAAGCCCAAGCUCAGCUGCCUCUUCGCGGGACCCAACAGUUCCCUGCCCCCGCCGAGAUCCCCGCAGGACGGCAUGUCUCCUCAGUAGUGCCAGUGGCCUGGGGCGGGAGCCCCGGCGGCCUCACUAAAAUCUCUUUCCAA